CACCAUUCUCACCAACCCAAUCGUCGCCAAUUCGACCCACGACUUAAUCAACUUAUCUACAAUUUAGAAUUCACCCCACCAUGGCGGUUCGACGGUCUGCCCGCCUACGCAGCCGCCAGCCCUCCGAGGAGCCUCAGGCCCCGGCUGACCCCGUCGUCACUACUGACAACAAGGCGCCCCGCGACACGAAGACUCACACCAACUCCGAGACCGAAAUCGAGGAUGACAAGAUGGCUCGUCUUGGCAAGCAGUCGGAGAGAUUGGCCCCCGUGGUGGAACAUGAGGAGGAUGCUACCACUGACAAUAAACCCGUUGAGCGGACGCGCAAGAGAAAGUCCAAGACUGAGACUGUGUCCAAGAGAAAGUCCAAGGUGGUUGCUUCAGAGGCAGUUGCUGAAGUGAGCGCGGUUCCUGAGACCCAGGCGCCUAUGUCUCGGCCAGCUGUUUCGGAUACCCAGCUGCCGACUGCAAAGAUGCCUGAACCUGUGAAGUCGACUGCUAAGCCGACUGCGACUAAACUGCCGACCCCCAAAGCGAUGGCUGAACCCGCGAAGCUGUCGACUCCGAAGAAGACUACCCACACUCCUCUCAAAAACACUCCCCUCAAAAGCACCCCCCACAGAAACACCCCCACCAAGACGCCUUCCAAAACCCCCUCCAGCACCAUGGCGCGUCCCCCCCACCAGGAGAUGCACCCCAGCAAAGUCCGUCAGAGCACCACGAAGCAGCCCGACUCCGGCCUGAUCCUGGGCUUCAACCCUGUCAAGAAAGACGCCGAAGGCAAGGUCGUCAAGGACACCCUGCUCGAAAACACCCCCACCAAGGCCAAGGCCUCGCCCGCCUCCAACUACUACGGCACGCCCGCGUUCGAGUUCAAGUUUGCCUGCGACAUGCAGCUCAGCGACGAGGCCAAGAAGCUCAUGGAGACCGUCCGCCAGGACGCUGCCAAGAUUAAACCCAAAAUCGCCGACCAGCUUGCACAGACUCGCGCCGAGCAGGCGGCGGACCGGAAGAUCGUGCAGCCCAAGGGCAAGGCCGAUCGCUUCAGCGAUGCGCACAUGGCCGAGUUUAAAAAGAUGGAUUCCAUUGCUGGUCACGCGUCCGCCUUCCGUGCCACCCCGGGACGCUUCCAGCCAGUGGUGAAGACGCUCAAGAGAACCAAUUCCAAGGCGCGUUUGGAUGAAUCGGACCGCACCUCGACGUCGCCCUCCAAGAUUGCACGUCCGUCGCCCGUCCCGGUUGCCCCGGCCAGCAACAAACGCGUCAAGCGCGACGUGACCGAUGAUGCGUCUACGCGUCGUCCCACUGAGGCCAGCCCUCCCAAGCCCGCCCACACCCGGCCCAGAUCGAUCCGGAGCUCGUUGUUCACCCCCACUCGAUCCUCAGCCGCACGUGCGUCCAGUAUCAAGCCGCCCCGCACGUCGUUGAUUCCCUCCCUCAUCCGAUCCCCUGCUGCGAAACCGGCCGAUAUGCCACGCACGCCUCAGACGGAGUUCAACCCACGCCUGAAGAGCAACCUGCCCACUUUGGGUAACCUGAAGUCAAUCCUUCGCCGCCACCAGCCUUUGUUUUCCAAGGAUCCCGCCAAGAUUGCCGCAGGCACCCACGUGGCUGCUCCUGAUUUCAGUUCGAACUUGCUGUUCGGGAAGCGGGAUACCGAGGAGCCUGCUCAGACACCGUCGCCCAAGAAGCGUGUGGAAUUCACCCCGAUGGUUGAGACCCGCCACGAGGAGGCCUUGUUCUCGCCAUCCCCGUCGAAGACUGUCAGCCCAUCGCGGACCAUCUCCGAUGUUAUUUAUCCCACUCUCCCUGUGUUGACCCCGGAGCAAAACGCCAAGUCUCCCGUCCAGGCGACGACCCCAACCAUUCGCCAUGUUCGUCAGUCGGACGUCCAUGCCAACCCUCUACCUGAGGUUGCGGGCGUGCCACAUGGGAUCGGCCACAAGAAGAGAACCCGAGAUGCAACUGAUGAUGCCAAGACCGACGCUCUCCCUGAAGUGGCGGGUGUACCGCACGGUAUCGGCCAGAAGAAGAGAAACCGCUCCGCCCUCGAGGACGAGACUGACGCCGAGAAUGUGCCCCCUGCCGACUCCACCACCGAAGCGCGCAGUGCCAAACGCAUGAAGAUGAGCUUACCUUCUCCGAUCAAGGCACCUGCCCUGAGUGCGCGCAAGGCGGCUCCCAGCCCUACCAAAGCGACGGUCAGUCCCAGCAAAGCCAUGGUCAGUCCCACUAAAGCCACGCCCAGUCCCACCAAGGCUCUUUCGCACACUCCCUUCAGGUCGGCCACGGCCAGUCGCAAGAGCACGCCGGGGAGUGCACGGCCGCGCAGCCGGGGCGUGCUGAGCGUCAGCCGGUUGAACAUGCUGGCGCAGCCGAAGAACCGGAGCUGAAUGGUUGGUGACAUUGCAUUUAUGAGCGUUGGACGCAUAAUUUGACUGCGAGGUUUCUUGUUGAUGGUUUCUUUGGCAAGGCUGCCGUGUGUUUAGUGGACCGGAUUGGUGUCUGCGGGACUUUGAUUCUUGUGAAUUGUAGGCGCUUGGAAUGCAUCCGGCAUGCAGGGCGUUUGAGCUUGAUUUAAUGGAUGCAGAUAUUGAUGACUGUAUUAUAUGUAUGGAGUUGCAGAUUACUGAAUGCUUCACUGGUAGCAGACCAA